AUGCAUGCCAGCUCUUCCUCCAGCCGCUCACUAGCGGAUCGCAUUAUCACUGCUCCCACUUACAUGCCCAUCACUCUCAAGCCAGUCACCAUUGACUUCUCCCAGUACAUAGCUGCCAAUCUCACUCGCAUCUUUGCUCUGAAGUUUGCAGCUACGCUUAAACGGUUCAAUGUCCUCAAAACACUUGACUGUCUGGAUGUCAUCAACAAAGACAUCAAAACAGUCUUCAAGCCUAGAGAUUGCACUGUCAAGAAUGAAAUUGGCAGAAUCUCGUUCAAGGGACUGUGGCACAACUAA